CUGGCUCUGAGGAGCUUCUGUGUGGUUGCUACGACUUUUGGGAACUCGUGAAUCGCGGGCCGAAACUUUUCCUGUAGGUCGCAAACACUGAUAGGGCAUCAGUAGGGUACGAAACCUGGAUGGUGGGAUGCAUACAAGAGAGCGGGGUUUGCAAUGCGUUGCUGUGUCAUUUUCGAGGAUAUCGAUCUGCGAGUAAUAUAAUCGAUGUUUCUGUACGACUGCGAGACGCGUGGCUGUAGAGGGCGCAACAUGUUGAUGCUCUUGCACUUCCUUCUCUAUCCGGAUGGUAGUGCAAAGCCUCGGCAAAAGCAAUCAUUUCUGGAAGCCGGUGGUCCGUGUUGAGCUCACAAGCCACGGCGGCUGCUUGGAAACAGACCCGCUGCGAGCGAUUGCCCUCAGAUUGCCCCAAUCUAUCCGCAAGCGACGUCAUGCUGAUUGGCGAGUGGAACACUCGACUGUCGCAGUGUGCAUGUUGCUGCUAGCCGUGGAGGGCCAACGGAAUUGCGGUAACAACGGGUCCCGGCGUCAGUACCGGAGCGUCCCUGCAGCAGCUCGCCCAUGUGUGAGGCGACGGUCUGACUGCUCCUCAGUCAUUGCGCCGAACACUGUGGAGGCUGUCAAUUUACUCCGAAACGGCAAUGGCUGCACGGUCGUGUGGGCUCAUAUAAGACAGACACGCUCAGCUGUCAUCGUGUUCUGGCUGGUCAGUCAGCACUUCUAUUUACGAGCGUCAUCCAGUCUGUCGAGUGCGCAGAAGGUACUUGCUGCGGCUGUUGAAAGACGACAAAUGUGGUAGUGACUGACCGACACUGCCAUAGCAAUAUUGAUGUCAGCAAUUGACUGAUGUCCACAUCCAGGUACCUGUGGGGUGAUGAGGCAGCGUAACCGGCAUGUCAUGUGAACAGGAAACAAUGUAAACCAGCCCCUUGGUGGAGGCUGCUAGGUAUUCAUCGUGAAGAGCACCCAAUGGGCAUAUCAGAACGGUGAGGCGUGGCGCUAGUUGUUCGUUGUUCACUCUUUGAGGACGGGGAAAUUGGUCGUAGUCAGG